UCAUGGUCCAAAGCUUCGAGCGGCGGAAAAAGCGGGUGCCUUACACUUUCAUCGGCGGAUCGAGCGAACUCACUGUGUCGAUAAUGACUUUCUACGGAUGCUUGGGAUUUCCUUUUGCUUUUCAUCAUCAAGUCUCUUCGGCACGACAUUCGGUCAGUCGGGCGGGUUCAGCACAAGAUCAGCUCCUUCAUUGGAGUUCGGGUGUCUUUCCCUGGAUUAUCGAUGGGCCCUCACAUUCAGCACCUCAUGUCCCCAUGUACCACUAUGCAGCUUUGCGCAGAGCAUCUAUCACAUCGCACCAUUGAAUUUCGGCCAUUACGCCUGACGAAUCUGUCUCGACUUCGUCGUCUUUAGUCGCCUAAAGCAGAAAUUCGAUAAGCACACAAAAAACAACCCACUCG